CGGACAGAUUUGAUUGAUAUGGGUAUUCAUUCUGAUGUGGUGGGCCUUAGGGCAAGCAAGAUAUCAUCUUUCAUGGUGGCAGCUUCUCCCAACGAGCCCAGGGUUAUAGAUAGCAAGACAUCCCCAACACAAGAUGCAGUUCAAAGAGGUCUCAAAAUGGCCAUUAUUGCAGGCUCUGUAGUUGCAGUUCCCACGCUCGUUGGUUGUCGAGUCAUUCCUUGGGCGAAAGCAAAUUUGAAUUAUACCGCACAAGCACUAAGCAUAUCAACAGGUAACAUAUUUUAAUUUAUUUGAAUCCUCCUUAAUU